UGUCCGUGGAGUGAAUGCUUGUUGUUUGUCGUUGUUUUGGGUGCAACUUCGGGUCCUGUCCUUUUUAUAGUAUCAUGCUACGUUUACGAUGUAAAGCAAAGAAUGGAACUCAUCUGAUGCAAGGACUGACUUCAGUAUCUAAUAUCCAAGAGUUAAAAGAUAAAGUGGAAGAGUUAACUGGAAUUCCAAGUGCACUGCAAAAAAUCAUGGUGGGAUUUCCUCCAUCCAGUCUAGAUCUUCGGAAUGGAGAACUGCCUCUCAAAGAUUGUCCUAUCAAAUCUGGAGAUACUUUGAUUGUGGAAGAAGAAAGGGAUACUUUGAAGAUCAAAGUCUCAGUGUCGAACUUUAGUGCUAAAAGUUCAGAUAAAGAUACUUUCCCACGUCUGAUACGGCAUGUUGUGCCUGCAGAUAAUUCAUGUCUCUUCACAAGCAUCCACUAUGUGGUAGAAGGAGGUAUUUGUGAGCCAUCCUGUGCUCCAGAAAUGCGAAAUUUGAUAGCACAGAUUGUGGCAAGUGACCCUGAUUCCUACACUGAAGCUGUACUAGGAAAAUCUAAUGGGGAUUACUGCAACUGGAUUCGACAAGAAGACACUUGGGGAGGAGCCAUUGAAAUCUCUCUCUUAUCCAAGUUUUACCAAUGUGAAAUAUGUGUUGUGGACACACAAACUGUGCGAAUAGACCGGUUUGGAGAGGAUGUAGGUUACACAAAACGUGUCCUCCUGAUUUAUGAUGGAAUCCAUUAUGACCCAUUAGAACGACAAUUUGAAGAUCCUGAAACACCCCCACAAACCAUCUUCUCCACAGCAGAUGAUGUUGUGCUGGCCCAUGCCCUGGAGUUGGCAGAUGAAGCGAGAAGGAAACGACAAUUUACUGACCUUAAUAGAUUCACUUUGCGAUGUGUUGUCUGCCAAAAGGGACUGGUGGGUCAGGUAGAGGCUCGAGACCAUGCCAAAGAGACUGGGCACACCAACUUUGGGGAGAUAUGACAAUCAAAAUACUGUUACCUACCUCAUAUUCCUAAAAUGUACUGGGAUAAUUUAAUCCCUAGGAAUUAAAUUGAAUUUUAAGGAGUGUUUUUUUUAAAUCCUGGAUGAUUAAACCAUGAGCUGGUCAAAUUGUUGGUUGUUUGCAAAGGUCGGACCUCAUUCUUAAUUUUUCUG